AGCGCAAGAGAGCUUGGAGUCGGAUGCAAGCUAUACUACAGCGGAUCUAAAGAUGGACGAAAUGGAGUGGGAAUAAUUUUGCAGGAGAAGUGGAGGGAGAAGGUGAUAGAAGUAGAUAGGGUUAGCAACAGAUUGAUGAAGCUGAAGAUGGUGAUAGGGCGAGAAGCAAUGAAUGUAAUAUCAGCGUAUGCUCCACAGACGGGAUGCACAUAGGAUGAUAAGGAUGCAUUCUAUGAGCAGUUGGAAGCAGUGCUAAUACAAAUCCUCGAGACAGAGGGAGAGAUCUUAAUAGUGGGAGCAGACCUGAAUGAGCAUGUCGGAGUGGAGGCGGCGGGGUACACAGAAGAACAUGGUGGAUAAGGGUAUGACAUAGACAUAGACACAGACCAGUCUUAAUGUAUGGAGCGGAAACCUGGGCCAUAUGAAGAAAGGAGGAAAUGAGGUUGCAGAGAACGGAGAUGAGGAUGUUGUGUUGGAUACUGGGAGUUUCAUUGAUAGAAAGAAGAACAAAUGAGAAGAUUUGGUAUGUUUGGAAUAAAGAAGGAGAUACCAGACAAUCUAGCUUUGAACUAUACAGGAGUAACCUUUGCACUAGUCGGGGCUAUUCUGUUCAUUUUCAUUAAGAGUGAAGGAGGCGGACCAAUGAGAGUGGCCACAAGGCUGGACAGUGCUACUGAGCCACUAAUUGUGAACCCGGUUGGGGAUCUACCCCAUGACCUUGCACGGGACCGGCCUCUUGCCACGACAUGUGUCGAGCCAGCCGAUCCAGAUGAGACAUCCAUAGACAGAUUGCAACCUUCGACAAAACGUGUCGUAGGAGUGUCACUAUCAGUUAUCUCUGGCUUGUUUUACGGAGUCACGUUUGUUCCAGUAAUCUACAUACAGGACAAUUAUAAAGACUCCAGCCAAAAUGGGCUGGAUUACGUGUUUGCUCACAUGAACGGCGUGCUACUGACAAGCUGCGUCACAUUCAUCGCUUACUGUGCAGUGAUGCGGAAUCGCCCACGCGUCUACCCGCGCGCCAUCUUGCCCGGCCUCGUGUCCGGAGCGAUGCUCGCAUGCGGCGUCACUGGCUGGUUCAUAGCCAAUCAGGUGCUCACCGAGACCAUCAGCUUUCCCAUCAUCACUACGGGGCCGGGAGUCAUAGCAGCAUUGUGGGGAGUAUUCGUCUUCAGAGAAAUACAGGGAAAAAGAAACUAUUUGAUUUUACUUCUAGCAAUGUGUUUUAUUCUGACUGGUGCUCUUCUGUGUGCCUUCUCUCUGUAGUUUUGUAAACACUUUCUUCAUGAAUGUGUGCAAUAUUUCCGGUGCUGUCUGCAUUCUCUGUAGGUACGUACAAUAUCUAUACAGCUGUAUGGCAUUCUACUACUCUAGCUCAGCAUCCAAGUCCUGUAGCAUGUUAUCUUGGUACAGUCUCAUAGUUUCCUGCAAAGGACCCGUUGUAAGAACCAUCAUGAACCGUACGUAGUACAACGUAAAGUUGUAAUGUCAAAAGUACAAUAAUAUUGUUUAUGUACUUCUGAUUACAUAAGUGUAGGGUGUCAUACCUUUUGCUCAUGAAGUGUUGUCUUGUGCAAGUGCAUUGUAGAUUCAUGAUAGUUGUAACUAUUUGUUAGAACGUUUCUGACAACGGGCUCCUGUUGUACUGUACUAUUCAUCAAUGGUCAAUUAAACCAAUAAUUUUUUGGUCUAUUUUAUUCUAUCCAUCAAAAGUGAGAUGAGGUAACUUUAGCUAUAUGGUGUGAUACGCCCACAUGUAUAAAGGGAAGAAAGAGAUUUCGAGACAAUUAGGUCUAAUAUUUGAGACGUUUUAGUUUUACAUUCAAAGAUUUGUGUCGCUUGUAUGAUAUGUGCACAUGCCUAAAAUAUAUGCAGUAUUGGUGAAUGAGGGCAAAGAGGUAUAUUUUAAACGUGGACGAGAUUCUUUUCUUAGGUAGCAUAACAACUAACUGGGUUGUUGCAUUUUCAAAGUGUAAACACUUGCCCUAACCGUGGAUUAGAACAUAGUAAUAUUCAAAAUCAUAUGCUAUAUAUAGAUAUAUAUUAUUUAUUGAAUGCAAUGGGGAAUUCUAUACAUAGUUUAUAUUUUCCAUAAAUAAAAUCGCUCAGUUAAUACUUUGUAGCAUGCCAAAAUUUCA